AGCUCCCGGAAGCGGCCGGAUCCCAACCGCAGGCCGAGCGCACGUCCGUCAGCCCGUCAGUCCGCUCGUCCGCCGGCUCCGUUCCCCGCGCGCCUUGGCCCUCGUCGCCGUCUCGUGGUCUCUUUGGCCCGCAGGGCGGCUGAGGCGCUCGCCAUGGCGACGUUCAUCUCAGUACAGCUGAAAAAGACCUCGGAGGUGGACCUGGCCAAGCCGCUGGUGAAGUUCAUCCAGCAGACCUAUCCGAGCGGCGGGGAGGAGCAGGCCCAGUACUGCCGCGCGGCCGAGGAGCUCAGCAAGCUGCGCCGCGCGGCGCUUGGCCGCCCGCUGGACAAGCAUGAGGGCGCGCUCGAGACGCUCCUGAGAUAUUAUGACCAGAUCUGUUCCAUUGAACCCAAAUUUCCAUUUUCUGAAAACCAGAUCUGUUUGACAUUUACUUGGAAGGAUGCUUUUGAUAAAGGUUCACUUUUUGGAGGAUCCGUAAAAUUGGCUCUUGCAAGCUUAGGAUAUGAAAAGAGCUGUGUGUUGUUCAAUUGUGCAGCCUUAGCUAGCCAGAUUGCAGCAGAACAGAACCUGGAUAAUGAUGAAGGAUUGAAAAUCGCUGCUAAGCAUUACCAGUUUGCUAGUGGUGCCUUUUUACACAUUAAGGAGACGGUUUUAUCUGCCUUAAAUCGAGAGCCUACUGUGGACAUAUCUCCAGAUACUGUUGGGACCCUCAGUCUUAUCAUGUUGGCACAGGCCCAAGAAGUAUUUUUUUUAAAAGCCACGAGAGAUAAGAUGAAAGAUGCCAUCAUAGCUAAAUUGGCUAAUCAGGCUGCAGAUUAUUUUGGUGAUGCUUUUAAACAGUGUCAGUACAAAGAUACUCUCCCCAAGUAUUUUUAUUUCCAGGAGGUGUUCCCUGUCUUGGCUGCAAAGCACUGUAUUAUGCAAGCCAACGCUGAGUACCACCAGUCCAUCCUGGCGAAACAGCAGAAGAAAUUUGGAGAAGAGAUUGCAAGGUUACAGCAUGCAGCAGAAUUGAUUAAAACCGUGGCAUCUCGCUAUGAUGAAUAUGUCAAUGUGAAGGAUUUUUCUGACAAAAUCAACCGUGCCCUUACUGCAGCAAAGAAGGAUAAUGACUUCAUUUAUCAUGAUCGAGUUCCAGACCUUAAAGAUCUAGACCCUAUUGGCAAAGCCACUCUUGUGAAAUCUACCCCAGUCAAUGUACCCAUCAGCCAGAAAUUCACAGAUCUGUUUGAGAAGAUGGUUCCUGUGUCAGUGCAGCAGUCUUUGGCAGCUUAUAAUCAGAGGAAAGCUGAUUUAGUUAACAGAUCAAUUGCUCAAAUGAGAGAAGCCACCACUUUGGCAAAUGGGGUGUUAGCUUCCCUUAAUCUUCCAGCAGCAAUUGAAGAUAUAUCUGGAGAUACCGUACCUCAGUCUAUAUUGACUAAGUCCACAUCUGUGAUUGAGCAGGGAGGCAUCCAGACUGUUGAUCAGUUGAUCAAAGAACUACCCGAACUUCUACAAAGAAAUAGAGAAAUCCUAGAUGAGUCAUUAAGAUUGUUGGAUGAAGAAGAAGCAACUGACAAUGAUUUAAGAGCAAAAUUCAAGGAACGCUGGCAGAGAACACCAUCCAAUGACCUCUAUAAGCCUUUAAGAGCAGAGGGAAGCAACUUCAGAACCGUUUUGGACAAAGCAGUGCAGGCAGAUGGGCAGGUGAAAGAACGUUACCAGGCUCACCGGGACACCAUCGCACUUCUGUGUAAGCCCGAGCCCGAGCUGAACGCUGCCAUCCCUUCUGCUAACCCAGCAAAGACCAUGCAGGGCAGUGAGGUUGUAAAUGUCUUAAAAUCCUUAUUGACAAAUCUUGACGAAGUAAAGAAGGAAAGAGAGGGGCUGGAGAAUGACCUGAAAUCAGUGAAUUUUGACAUGACAAGCAAAUUUUUGACUGCUCUGGCUCAAGAUGGUGUGAUAAAUGAAGAAGCUAUUUCUGUAACUGAACUGGAUCGAAUCUAUGGAGGUCUUACCACUAAAGUCCAAGAGUCUCUAAAGAAACAGGAAGGGCUCCUUAAAAAUAUUCAGGUCUCACACCAGGAAUUUUCGAAAAUGAAACAAUCUAAUAAUGAAGCUAACUUAAGAGAAGAAGUUUUGAAGAAUUUAGCUACUGCAUAUGACAACUUUGUUGAACUUGUAGCUAAUUUGAAGGAGGGCACAAAGUUUUACAAUGAGCUGACUGAAAUACUCGUCAGGUUCCAAAACAAAUGCAGCGAUAUAGUGUUUGCACGGAAGACAGAAAGAGAUGAACUCUUAAAGGACUUGCAACAAAGCAUUGCCAGAGAACCUAGUGCUCCUUCAAUUCCUACACCUGCAUAUCAGUCCUCUCCAGCAGGGGGACAUGCUCCCACUCCUCCAACUCCAGCGCCAAGAACCAUGCCGCCUACUAAGCCCCAGCCCCCAGCCCGGCCUCCACCUCCUGUGCUUCCAGCAAAUCGAACUCCUGCUACUGCUCCAGCUGCAGCUCCAGCUCCAGCUGCAGCUCCAGCUCCAGUGGGCACCGGCACCACUGCACCAGCUCCAUCGCAGACUCCUGGUUCAGCUCCCCCUCCACAGGCCCAGGGACCCCCAUACCCCACCUAUCCAGGGUAUCCCGGGUAUUGCCAAAUGCCCAUGCCCAUGGGCUAUAAUCCUUACGCAUACGGCCAGUAUAAUAUGCCAUAUCCACCCGUGUAUCACCAGACCCCCGGACAGGCUCCGUACCCGGGACCCCAGCAGCCUUCAUACCCCUUCCCUCAGCCCCCACAGCAGUCUUACUAUCCACAGCAGUAAUAUGUCAGCUCAGAAGCUCAGCUGGUUCUGGUCAAAGGAAAAGAAAUACCAGCCCUGCAAUAAGUGUACUAAACUCUACGCUCUGGUUAAUAGAACGUACUCUGCUGUACUGAAUGCAGUGUGUAAUUUCUGUCUGCGGCUAAAAGCUGUGCCCAGUUCCACAUUUGAUUGCACAUUGAGAUUUGCUGCUGUUGCAGUACAAACACUAGGUACAAUAGGAUUUGAAAUAAAUGACAUUGCAGUUCAUGAAAGUUGAAAAUGAGAAGUUAAACCCACAAGCGAAAUGUUUGAAAUGAUUGUACUUAUGUCUACAUAAGACGUGAUUGGAACAUCAGAUACUUAUUACAAUGACGGUUUAAGUACUCGUAUUUGAGAAAACUAAGUUUUCUUUCUCUUUUGGUUUAUUGAUUUGGUUUAAUUUUCAUUAUGCUAUUUUGCAUAAUCAAAACACUGUAAAUCUUAUAAUUUAAAAAUAAAUUACUUAAGAACAGUUGUCAUUGUUAUGUUUUGUCAUUGAUUCUCAUUACUGUCUAAUUUCUUUCUGGUAUUAGUCUCUCAUUUUAUAUGUACGUAAGUUAAACAGAUACUGUGUUAAGUGCAUGAUUAGUGCAAGGUUAAUAGUCAGGUUCAAGUACAUUUUAUAGGAAAACCAAAUGAAUAAUACCAUGAUUUAUCUUUCAUAGGCUGAUUAGUAAGUUAAUUUUGCCAUUUACUUUGAAAAAAUCCUAUAAUGUGGAAGAAACACAAUUGCUACCAAAGAGUCUUCAAAUAAAUAUACAAAUAAAUAUGUAUAGUUAAUGUUUUAUUAUUAGCUUCUCCAAGAAAUCGAUGCAAAUUGUAGUAAUUUUUUUUCAUAACCUAGUUAAAAUAAAUACAUGUCAUUAACAAUACUAUCUAAUGUAUUGGAAUUGUUUAAAGAAAAUUUACUUGUACCCUUCUACUCCUUUCUUUCACCUUACUGUCUUAACCUACUAACAUUUAAUGCACAAUGUAUGUGAAUAGAUCUAAGCCCUUUCAUUUUUAUGAUCCUAAAAGAUUGAACUAUUUUAUAAUUCAGGGAGUGCGCAAAACAAUUGUUGGGAGCAUAUGCCAUUUCUGGAAUAGGCUGUGUAUUUAAUAUUCAUGUCUGCUGUUAGGGUAACUAAUCACUAUAUAAACCUCAGUGAGACAUGCAUCGUGGAAUGAGAGAACGAGAAAGGAAUGAGUUGUCUAAUAUCACAGUGGGAUCUGUUCUGUGUGAGGUUCAUUUCUGAACACACCAGGCAUAUGAGCAGAUUUCCAAUGAACCUGUUUAUGUUUAUUUUCUAAGUUUUAACGCUGACCUUUUCUUGCAUUAUUUUUUCACUUAAGUGAUACUGUCAGUUGGUCCACUGUUGUUCUCAUUUGACAGUUUGGGUUUAUAGUUUAAAUGUUGGACUGAGGGUGUGAUUGUAAAGGAGUGAAUUGGUUUAAAAUAUAUGUAAAUUUAAAAAAAUCUUACUUUAUUGUUGUAUGUAGAAAACUUGAAGGCAUGUUACUUCAAUAUAAAUGAACUUUACAUGGAAUACUGAAAUUGGUUUAAAGUUCAGUAGUUAAACCUUGGCAAAAAUAGUUCUUUACAUAUCAUAGCUAAGUUUUAUUAAUGUGGAAUCCUCAAAGUAUGACAUGGGCUUGUUUGACUCGUGUAAAUGGCACUUAAUUUCUAUAUUCUUCUUCAAGGUAUCAUUACUAACAUGAGAUACUCAGUGAGAUUAGGAAUAUUCCAAAUUGCUAGUUUAUGAUGCCCAAUGAUGCAGAAAAAGAAAAAAAAGUUGGCCUGAAUAUUCUCUUGGGGAAAGAAGGCACUAAAGAAAAGCGUUAAGAGCAUCCGAGGGCCAGAAGAGAAGUUGCAAGGCCAUUUAACCCAUUCCCGUGCUAAGACCUGCUCCCGGAGAGCCACGGGGAGUCUGCUCAGAAACUUUAGGGAAGGAGGCUCCACAGCCCCUCAUUGCAGCCUCCCCAGCAUGCCUGACUCGCUCAAUUCUGUUAGCAAACCCUGGCUCAUCCGCUCUCGUCAGUCCGCUCAUCAUUUAGAUGAUGGAAGAUGCUUUCUUUUGGUCACCUGAGUCUUGGUACAGAUAGAUGACCAGGUUUCUGCAGCCCUUCAUUGCUGGGUCUGACUGCAAGGGACUGUCUAGUUCCAUUAAGGUGACUCAUGGAAGGAAGUUGCUCUUGUGUCUAUUUUGCAUUCUAGCUGACAAGAAGGAAGCCCUCACUGGGAUUAUUUUUGUUACCAUACUUCUUAAUCCUUUGCUUAACUUCCCAUAUUCCCCAGAAUACCCCAAAUAGUUGUUAUGGAUAAUGCUUUUUAUUUAGAGGCAGGAGAGUGUUACUGUGGUUCAGGUGUGUUGUUCCUAUGUUUAUAAUUAGGCUUUUUGACAAUCUUUCUAAACUAAAGAAAGGACAUCAUUCCUGGACCAUUUAUGUUGGGAUUUGUAAUACUGUUUUCAAUAUGGACUAUAUUUCAACUAAUAAAGCUCUGCACAGAAGAGCUGGUCUGAAGUGGGGGAAAAACUAACUUCUCUCAUUCCUUGUUCCUAGUUGGGAGACAGACGGCUUCACUCUUCUCAGUCUGGUGUAAAGUACUGGUCUACUCCUGUGCCCCCCUUGGUCUUUAUUCUCAUUUAAGAAAAAUAGUCGUAUGUCACUGCAAUCUUUGUGCCGCACCCAACGAUUUAUGAACUCCCCCUCCCCAAAAACAAAAAAAGAAGAACAAGGCUUCGCGGAGCCUUCUGUCCCUGAUUUUCUAUCCCAGUCAGCAGCCUUUCUAGUCAAAACAGAUUAAAAAAGUAUUUUCCAUGAGAGCAUUACAGUUUGCAAAAGUGCUUUGUACACAUCUUCUAGUUUCAUAAACAUGGCAAAGUGCAAUUUGUUAAGUAGGUUUCAGUUUGCUAAUGAAUUUUUUUUUAAACAGUAUAUUGGAAGGAUCUUGCUACAACCUUGUGGCUUUUUUUUUUUUUGGACACUUGCAAUUAUUAGUUGAUUCACAGUACAGAACAGGAUACAAAGUAGGAAAAAAACAGUGCUAUAGCAUUAUAAUUACUAGUUUAAAAAUAGGCUUUAAAAUUGGUUGAUUAUAAGAUUUACAUUGAAGAGCAAAGAAGGAAAAAUUAUAUUUUUAAAGAAAAAGAGAAUAUUCAGGCUUUAUUUCUGGUAUGAAGUUUAUAUUUUUUAAAAAAUCCUAUAUUAUCACACCAGAGAUUUUAGAUUCUUUUCUGGUUACAAACAUUGCUGGUAGUUGGAUUAUAUUUUUAUUGUAUUCAUUUCUCUUAGGGAGAAAAUUGUAAAGAAAACAAAAGGUUCCAGAUGAAAUGUAUCCUAGAAAUAAAAGUUGAAAGAUUCUUA